CAUCACUGUGGAUAUUGAAGAAAGGAGUUACUCAGCCCAGCCGGCUUCACUUGCUUACUCUGGAAUCACAUCUGUUUAUUAAGAAGCUGUGUGGCUUGGAGGGCUUGCUGUGCCUAAGGAAGGUCAGGAUCCCAGACACUAUUCUGUUUAAGCCCUUCUGAACUCUGCACUUCUGAUCACUCCCAUCGCUAUUAUGGAGCCCAACAGUCCCAAAAAGAUCCAGUUUGCUGUGCCUUUGUUUCAGAGUCAGAUAGCACCUGAGGCAGCUGAGCAGAUCAGGAAAAGAAGGCCCACACCAGCAUCUCUUGUGAUUCUCAAUGAGCACAAUUCACCAGAAAUAGAUGAAAAGAGGGUGACCAACUCACAAGGAGAGUCCCAGAAUGCAUCUCCUAAGCAGAGGAAGCAGAGUGUGUAUACGCCUCCUGCUAUGAAAGGUACUGUGCAGGGGUUAAACAUCUGAAAAAUCAGAAUGACUCAGCAUUCCCAGAGGAAGAAGAAGGAGUAAAUGAAAGAGAAGAUCAAUGGGACCACUAGUUGAGGAAAUGAGGCAAGAAAGGUUCUUGUGAAUAACUGAACUGCUAAUCUUUCCAAAUAUCCCCUGGAACUCCACUGCUUGGCUUCUGGAAGCAUUCUCCAUCUUGGCACUCCACUGGAUUCUAGAGCCACGUGGAUCUUCUUCCAUAGUACUUAUCACCCAGGAAUAAACAUUUAUUUUACAGUAAUCUUUCUUUGUAAUGAUUUAGAAAUGCCAUUUACAAACAUGUUAGCAUUCUAACUUUAAUAUUGUCAGUGCUUAAUUCCCAAUGUCUUUCUGUUAUGAUUUGCAUUAAAGGUCAACUGUAAAUAGUACCCUUCUAAAGCUAUGAAAUAAAUGCAAAAUACCUUUA